AUGCCUAAAAACUAUGGGCCAUCCAUACCAAUGACUCCAUUGCUUGUUCUCAAAAACAAUAGGAUUGAUCUUGCUAAAGUACCGCCAAAGGUUCAUCGCAACUUGUUCGAGUUUAUCACUCUUACAUGGCUGGAUCCACUAUUUCGUCUAGGAGCCUCCAGGAGACUUGAGAUUGAUGACAUGCCAACCAUAAACGAUAAUGAUACUGGCGUUGCUUCUCUUUCCGUUCUCAAAGAGUUUUGGGAGAAAUUUCGACUCCAUAUCGAAAAUCCAUCCAAAACUCCAAAGCCCAGUCUAGUCGCUACGCUUGCAAAAACAUUUUGGCCGCACGCUGUGGCCAUUUUGUUGAUGCGGAGUAUUAAUGUAGUCAUUGCUAUUCAGCUACCAUUACUUAUUCCCCAGUCGGUAGACUUGAAUCUGUUUGUUCGCGUGCGAGCCAUCACCGUUGGCGCAGUGUUUGAAAAGUCAUUUCGAAUGACACCAAAGUCAUGGCAGAAAUUCAAUGCGGGAAUGGUCAACACACUCAUAAAUUCAGAUGCAUCUCAUCUUCAAACUUGUGUAGGCGAUAUAACUACACUAAUCACUUCAAUUGCACAAAUUCUGUGUGCGCUAUAUUAUUUAUCAUUUAUCCUUAAUAAGGCAGUCUGGGUUACUGUGGCAGGAAUCCUAUUUUUGUGGUGCUGCCAAUUAGCUGCCAUUCCGUUUGUUCAGCGUCAGUUUAGACUAUAUUUCCAGGCCGACGAUGGUAGAACGCGCAUUCUUUCCGAAUUCCUUUUUGGGCGAAAAAUGAUCAAAAUUCAAGCAACCGAGGAAUAUUACACUGAAGCAAUCAAGAAACAGCGAAGGAAGCAGUUGAAUACAUUGUCAGUGUUCAAUGCUCUUGGGUUGUAUGGCUUUUCAAUCAAUGCGCUUCAGCAAAACAUCGUGGCUCCAAUCACUAUAAUGGUGUUUAUUGCUGUAUACAACGAUCUGACUGCCUCGAACAUAUUCACAGUGCUUGGCCUGUUUGCGGCUCUAAAAACUCCUAUUGGAUCAAUCGCUGUUGCGAUCACAUCUCUCAUGCAAUCAAUCGUAUCAUAUAAGCGUAUGCUGGCAUUCCUUACUGCAGACGAGAUAAAUCCGUCUGAGCGAAUCACACAUGUAGUUGAUGACAAUUCUCCAACUAAAAAUAGUAUUGUGCUUGAAAAUGCGACAUUUAUGUGGGAUGAGCCUAAACAGCAUCACAUAUACAAUGCAACAUCUGCAAGUUCCCAUAAAUUUAACACGCCAAAAUUCAUAGAUAUAUUCCCACUCUCAACUAAUCCGUCCAUUACAAAAAAAAGUCCGUUUUUUUUGGAUUCCCUUUCACUUGUCAUUCCCAAAGGAAAGCUUGUAGCUGUUGUAGGCACAAUUGGUGGAGGCAGAUCAUCAUUUUUCUCUGCACUAAUCGGUAGCAUGCGAAAAACUAGCGGUAGUGCAACAAUCCACGGUAAAAUUGCUUACUGUUCACAAGAUCCAUGGUUGAUGCGAGGAACGAUUGAAGAAAAUAUUUUGUUUCGCAAAGAAGAGUCCAAACCCAAUCUUGCCACUGCCAUUUCUGCCUCUUUUUUGAGUCGAGACUUGGAGACCAUGCCACACGGAUUAGGUACACUUGUUGGCGAAAUGGGAGUCAAUCUUUCUGCUGGCCAGCGUGCCAGAGUUGGAUUGGCUCGUGCCGUCGCUCACGACGCCGAUGUGUAUUUGUUUGACGAACUUUGCAGUGGUUUGGACACACACAUGAGCAAGCAAAUUUUUGAAGAAACAAUAUGUGGUUUGUUGAAGGGCAAAACGAUCGUAAUGGCUCCACACAAACUCUACAUGCUUCCAAAAUUCGAUAUGAUUGUUGUUUUGGACGGUGGGCGAAUUGUUGAGACAGGAACGUUCAAAAACUUGAUGAUGAACCCGGAUGGGUAUCUCCCGGAUAUCAUGAAAACCCACCGAGUUAACCCAGAUUCGGAAAAUUUUGACGAGGAAAAUGCCAGCAACGUUGAUUCUUUCACCACCAAUACUGUUGUGAUGGAAUCCAUAACUGAUUACGAAGUCGAGCUUCAAGAGCCAGAGGAUCGACGAGUUGGACCUGUUAAACGUCGCACUGUUUGGUCAUACUUUUCAGCUGCUGGUAACUCGUUUUUGGUGAUCUUAAUUUCAACGCAAGUAUUAUUUAUUGCCACAGCAGUGUUUACGAGACUGCUGCUAGUUUUUUGGACGGAUCAAGCCUGGAAUGUUACUUUUGAUGUCUAUAUGAAGAUGUAUGCCGUGCUUAGUGUUGUUUCUGUUAUUCUCACAAUUUCCACGUUAUGUGCGUUGUUUCGUGGAGGAUUUGUUAUAUCAUCUGUGUCGCACGACCAUGCUCUUGAAGGUGUGAUGCGAGCUCCUAUACAUUACUACGACGACCAACCUCUUGGUCGUGUCAUGAACAGACUGUCAAACGAUGUUCAUGUAUUUGAUUUGGAAAUGAUACCUAUAUUUAUUGCGGUUAUGGUGUAUGCUUCGUCGGCUGUUUCAGCCUUUAUCAUGCUCCUGUAUACCUCACCCUAUAUGCUAAUCGAGUUUGUCUUUGUUUUUGCCGCUGCAUUUUUAAUAUUCCAGUACUAUCGCCAAACCAACCGUGAAGUAAAACGAAUUGGAUCAAUUCUACGAUCGCGCCUUGUAUCGCAUGUUCUAGAGGCCAUUAAUGGUAUUCCCACCGUGCAUGCAUACGGUGUGCUACUUCCUGUUCUUGGAGUACAGAGAUUUAGAACGGACAAAGGAAACUCUGCCAUGUUUCUUUUUGCAAGCUCACAGUACUGGCUUGGUCUGCGCUUAUCCUUGGUCACAGCGACAAUUAUCUUUGUUGUUGUUUUGUUAUCUGCGGCAGGAGCAGUUUCUUCCACUGUUGUUGGUUUGGGAAUUGUUGCGGCAUUGCGGUUGGCAGAUUUAUCAAACGGCCUUUUGCUCAUACUUGGAAACUUUGAAGCCAUUUUUAAUUCUGUCGAAAGAUUAAACUUUUAUGCGGAAGAGCUGCCAUCUGAAGCACCUCCGACGCUUCCUACUGAUCCAAAAGACAAGCUGUGGCUACAUGCUGGUGCGAUUCAAAUCAAAAACCUUGAUGUGUGCUACGAUAACCAGCCGCUCCACCCAGUGAUAAAAAACCUGUCAUUGUCCAUCUUGCCAGGUGAAAAGAUUGGGAUAGUAGGACACACAGGAUCAGGAAAGUCUACUCUUAUUUCAGCACUAUUUCGACUUGUUGAGCCAUCCAGGGGUACGAUUACGAUUGAUGGUUAUGAUAUAUCUAAAUUGGGCCUCAAGACACUCCGAUCGAACAUUCAAGUCAUACCGCGAAUGCCUGUGCUACAAACCGAGUCACUUCGAUUUAAUCUUGAUCCAAAUAGCCAAUACACGGACGAUCAAAUCUGGUCGGCACUGAACACUGUUGGAUUAAAAGAGUAUGUAUCCACUCUAAGUGAUAAACUCGAUGCCAGUGUCACGGACAACUUUAAUAUUCUUUCAGUUGGACAUCGACAGCUUGUAUGUCUUUGCAAGGCAAUUCUAGCACAACCCAAGAUUCUAGUAAUGGAAGAAACAUCGGCAGCAGUGCAGGCGGACGUGGAAGAAUGCAUUCAGCAAACAGUCACUGAAAAGCUUAGUGAAUCUACAGUGAUUCAAGUAUCGCACCGACUUAAUAACAUUGCAAGAGUCGAUCGUGUAGUUGUUUUGGAAAACGGGAGAGUGAUUGAGGCCGACUCUCCAUGGCUGCUGAUUGAAAAAAGGGAGUCUGCAUUUAGCAGGUUGGUUGCAGCAACAGGCACAUUGAAUGCUGCUACAAUCACUAACUUGGCAAAAGCGCAUUACUACAGAAACUCAUAG